CAACUUUUUAAUCAGGAAGUUACUCUUCUGUGUCUGAAGAGACUCUCGGCUGGACGUUUGUUUGUCACGAUGUUUUCUCAUCUGUGUGUUCUGAUCCUGUUCAUUCUGAGCGGUGUGUUUGACGCUGGUACAGAUGAAGUGAAGUCAGUGUCAGUGACGGAGGGAGAUUCUGUCUCUCUAAACACUGAUGUUCAAGUACAGAGUAAAGAUCUGAUUUUGUGGACGUUUGGACCUCGAGAGACUCGUAUCGCUGAAAUAUAUAAACAGAACAUUGAUAUGUCUGACAGUGAUGUGACAUUUGGAGACAGACUCCAGAUGGACAAUCAAACUGGAUCUCUGACCAUCAGAAACAUCAGAUCUGAACACACUGGACUUUAUAAACUACAGAUCAUCAGCAGAAAAGGAACUUUAUACAAGAGAUUCAAUGUUACUGUCUAUGCUCCUCUUCCCAUUCCCACCAUCACUAGAGACUUUUAUACAUCAUCAUCAUCAAGCCAGUAUUGUUCACUGGUGUGUUCAGCUGUGAAUGUGAGUGAUGUGACUCUCUCCUGGUAUAAAGGAAUGAGUGUAUUGUCCAGCAUCAGUGCGUCUAAUAUCAGCAUCAGUCUCUCUCUACCUCUGGAUGUGGAAUAUCAGGAUAAAAACACUUACAGCUGUGUGAUCAACAAUCCUGUCACACACCAGACCACACAUCUGGACAUCACGCAACUCUGUCACACAUAUGCAGAAAUGACACAGUCUUCAUUUUCAUCACUUAUAUUCAUUAUAACAGUAGUGUGUGUGACGCUGCCGCUGUUCAUUUCUGCGUGUGUGUUUUACUGUUGCUGCAGGAAAUGCAACCGAGAAAAACCAGAGGAUCAGGAAAGCCUGUCAGAAUACACAGAGGUCAUCUACCGUCUUCAGAUCACACACCAUCACUGAUCAUCACUCAGAUCAUUAAUAUUCAAAACUAUAAUGUAAUAUUCAAAAACAGUCUUCAGAUGGACAGUCAAACUGGAUCUCUGAUCGUCACAAACAUCAGAACUGAACACACUGGACUUUAUGAACUGACCGUCAUCAGAAACAGAAAAACUUCAUACAAGAGAUUCACGUUACUGUUUAUGAUUUAA